CGAGGUCCUUACACAUUGUUGACCCUCCACCUGUAGUACAAUUAGAGAGACACCAUGAACCACCUCAAGCAGAAAUCUCACCAAGCGCCAAGCGGAGUCAAGUACAACUACUAUACAUCCCCAGCUCAAGACAACAAACCAACAAUUCUCCUGUGCCACGGCUGUCCAGAUUCCUCAGACCUCUGGGCGGACCUGACCCGAGACUAUCUCGUACCCAACGGCUUCGGCGUACUCGUGCCUGAUCUCAUCGGCUAUGGCCUCUCAGACAAACCCGACGACAUCAACCUCUAUGCUCUAGACUCCAUCUGCAAAGACAUAAUCUCCAUCCUCGACGCCGAGAAACUAGAAAAAGUAGUAACACUCGGCCACGACUUCGGAGCAUUUGUGUCCAGCAAAUUGAUCACAUACCACCCAGACCGCAUCUCUGGCCUGAUCACCCUCGGAACAGCUCACGCUCCUCCUUCGCCCGAGCCAUUUGAUUUCGAGAAAAUUCGCCAAAUGCAGGAGCAGUAUCUGGGAUAUUGCUCAGGCUGGUAUUUCCCACUCUUCACAUCUGAUAAAGGUUACGAAUUGAUGGAUGCGCAUGUGGAUAGGAUGUUCACUGCUUUGCACGGAGGUGGAGAAAGGAUGAAACAGGUUUGCUGUUAUCCUAAUGCCUUCGAAAACUGGUUGAAAGAUGGAAGUGAUGGUACAGAGGCUGUUCUUCCAUAUGCUCAGAGCGGAGAGUUUCGCAAGCAGUGGAUUGGCAGACUUGAGAGGGACGGAUUUCGCGCGCCGAUGUUGUGGUAUAAGGGAGUUGUCAAAAGUUUGACGCUACAGCGAGACCAGCAGGCAUUGGAGGCUGGCAAUCACGUUGUGAAAGUACCGUACUUGUUUAUUGCAGCUUUGAAGGAUCCGCUUGCGCCGGCUGUCGCGAUCGAAGGUCUGAAGGCACAAGGUCUUUUACCAGAGGUGACUGUGAAGGAAGUACAAGCAAGUCAUUGGCUGAUGCUCGAGAAGCCACAAGAGACUGGUGAAGCAAUUGUGAGUUGGCUGAAAGAGAGGUACUGAAACUAGAUCGAAUGAGAGAAUUAUAAUGCUCUCGAUCUCUAAAUAGUCAUUGACGCUCGCGACCUUUUCUCAUGCUGCACCAGAAGCGCUGUCACCCGAGUUAUGAUUGAGCGGGCAACCAAGAUU